AUGCAGCUCAGGCGCGCGGAGGCACUGCACUACCAGCUGGUCUACACCUGCAAGGUCUGUGGCUGUCGGUCCUCCAAGCGCAUCUCCAAGCUGGCUUACCACCAGGGUGUGGUCAUUGUGACCUGUCCCGGCUGCCAGAACCAUCACAUCAUCGCUGAUAACCUGGGCUGGUUCUCAGACCUGGAUGGGAAGAGGAACGUUGAAGAGAUCCUGGCAGCCAGAGGGGAGGAGGUGCGCAGGGUGGCCAGCGAGGGGGCCUUGGAAGUGACUUUGGAAGCUGCAGGGGCCCCCGGAUCCACUGCUGCUCCAGAAGGGAGUGAGGACCCUGGCAAGGCAGGGCGGAGCUGACCCCGUGCACCACUGGGCCCUGGACUGGAAAGGCCACUGGCCCUGCCCCGCAGUCAGCCUCCACCAAUAAACGGCUGCCGUGCCCUCA